CAUCCGACCCCCACUUCCCGCCCGCAGCUUCUGUCGAGCCGCGCGAAGGGCCUCUUUGGCCCCGCCUAUAGCUUUAUAGUUGAGGGAGAGGGAUGGUGUUGCUGCCGUGAGUUAUUUGUCGCUAUGCGCUUUAGGGCUAAGAUUGUAGAUCUCGCCUGUCUCAAUCACUUCAGCCGUGUAAUUAACACGAUCGCAAAAUUAGCCAAGACCUGCACCCUGCGUCUUACUGUGAACAAGCUGUAUUUCAUCCUGUCCGACAGGGUUGCAAAUGGAGGAGUCAGUAUGUGGUGUGAGCUGUGCCAGGGGAAUUUCUUUGAUGAAUUCCAGAUGGAAGGAGUAGCUGCAGAUCACAAUGAAAUAUAUUUAGAGCUCAUGCCCGAGAACCUGUCAAGAGCCUUAAAAACUGCCCAGAGUGCAAAGGCAGUGAAGAUCAAGUUGACUAACAAACACUCUCCCUGUCUUAAAGUUGCUGUAGAGCUACCAUCCUUAUCAAGCAGCAGUAGGAUUGUGACGCAUGAUAUUCCUGUGAAGGUUAUUCCCAGAAGACUGUGGAAUGACUUCAAAGAGCCCAGUGUGCCAGACUUUGAUGUCAGUAUUUACCUACCGGCGCUGAAAACAAUGAAGAGUAUUGUAGAGAGAAUGAAGAAUCUCAGCAAUUGCAUCGUGAUUGAAGCAAAUUUGAGUGGAGAAAUGAACUUAAAAAUAGAAACUGAUGUAGUAUCGGUAACAACACAUUUUAAAGAUUUGGGAAAUCCUCCCUGGGCAUCAGAGGAUGAAUGUCAAAGCUCUGCUCAAGGCAGAGAUCUGCAAAGCAUGGCUGAAGCACGCAUAGACAUCAAGAAGUUGCAGCAGCUCCUUGUAGGACAGCAGGUCAAUCCCACAAAAGCCUUGUGCAAUAUCAUAAGUAAAAGAAUUGUCCACUUCAUCUUGCUCCAUGAGGAUGUUUCACUUCAGUAUUUCAUUCCAGCACUUGCCUGAAGGUUUUGGAAUCACAGUCACUUUCCAAGUUGAGGCUUUUUCCACAAAGUGGGAUAGCAACUUAUCUUGGUGUUAUGUUUGGUUUAUAAAUGCAUUUGUGAUUUUCUGUAAGAUAGGCUUGGAUGGGAGAAAAGGGAUCACUAUUCUUCAUUUAAUAAAAUUUAACAUGCAAUUCAACAAUUCAGGCAAAUAAAUGCUUUACACUGCUCCUCUGAAGCAAUUGACACCUGUGCUUGUUGAGUUACUGGGUCUGUAGAAGUCUCGAGUUCUUCUCCUUAAUGGUGCUGCUUGUCUGCUUCCAGAAAGGACAAGGUAGGGGGGUUAUUUCUUUGUUAGGAAUAUUUGUUUGAGUAUGUGGGAUAUUCAGCCUGUGGAUAUUCAAAUUGAAUGUUUUUACUCUUUUGGAAAAGAACACAGUUUCAGGUGUUACGUUGUGGUGUGGUGCAAUCAGGAAGGCAUUUACUGUAUGUGUUUACUUGAGGUCAUGCAGCACUGAGCAUCAGACAGCUGUUAAGUCAUGAUAUGUUUUUAAAUUACAUUGUUGAGGAGCAAUUUGAUGAAGUUUCUGACUCCAGCAGCACAAAAUCUUGAAAGCAGAAAACUUUCAAGGCAUGUACACUUCCUUGUUAUCCUGAUAUUUGUAUUUGAGAUGAACUGCUGCUGAGUUAUGCUUCUACCGUCCCAACUGUAUGUUUCAAUUAAAGCACAAGUCCAGUAGGAGGUAUGACAGAUCCAGAAUUGAAGCUUUCUGGACUGAUUAUAGAUUUGGGGUCCUCGUUAAGAAUUGUUGUUUUUGAGUGGGUAAAUAAUACCAAUUUGGCAUUGUUGGAAAUGCUUGGAAUCAAUCAUUUUCUAUCAGGCAAACAUCUCUGUGAAGCAGCAAAGUGGUUUUUUUUUUUUUUUUUUUUUUAAUUCGAUAUCGCAGUAGCGGUCGCGCGCCCCCUUGUGUCAUGGACGAAAACGCUCCCCGAAUCAGUGAAACGCUCUUGUGAUUGUGUACCCUUUUCUCCCGUCACAGGUCGUUACUCUCCUGUUCCCCUACUGGCUAGGUACUCCAGGCGCACAAUCUACACGACACAUCUGCUAAUCAAUUUUUCCAUACAAAGUCUAUCACCAACCUGUUGAUUUUAAGCCUGUUUAGAUCUUGCUGAAUGGCAGCGCAGCCUUCAGGUGCGUCAGCCACUCCUCCCAGCUUUGUAUCAUCAGUGUACUUGCUGAGUGGACACUAUCCCCUCAUCAGGGUGAAGAUACUGAACAAGACCAGACUCAGCACUGACCCCUGGGGAACACUGCUAUUCACAGGUCUCCAACUGGACUGCACCGCUGAUCACCACCUUCUGAGCUCAGCCAGUUCUCAACCCACCUCACCAUCCACUCAUCUACCCCAUUCUUUCUCAGCUUCGUUAUCAGGAUGUUAAUGGGAGACAGUAUCAAAAGCCUUGCUGAAGUCAAGGUAGACAACAUCCACUGCUCUCUCCCCAUCUACUCAGCUGGUGAUGCCAUCGUAGAAGGCUAUGAGAUUGGUCGAGCACGAUUUUCCCUUAGCAAAUCCAUGCUGACUAUUCCUGAUGACCUCUUCCAAUUGCCUGGAGAUGGCACGUAGAACAAGCUGUUCCAUCGCCUUUCCAGGGUCAAAGGCUCCUCUCCUGUUCACCAAGACCUGUCAAAGAUGAUAGAGAGCAGUUCAGCAAUCGCCUCUGCCAGCUCCCUCAGCACAUGCGGAUACAUCCCAUCAGGGCCCAUUGAUCCCACCCAGAUGCUCCCAGACCACCCUCUUCUCAACCAGAGGGAAGCUCUUCAUUUCCUGGACUAUCUCUCUUCCCUCCAGGGUCCAGGAAGAGGAGGAGUCUUUGAAGUGAAGACUGAAGCAAAGGUGUUCAGCAUCUCCCUCCGCCUUCUCAGCAUCCCUCAGAAGUUUUUGUGAAACUAAUGCAUCAAGCUGGUUCAGUGGAAGUGGUUGCAGUUCUUAUUGAGUUCUCAGGGUGCUGUUUGUUAGAAAUUGUUGAUGAAAUUUUACUCUUCCUGUGUUUCAUCCUUGAAAACAGUUGUUCAAAAGUGUAUGUACUGCCAAAAAGUGAUGGCGUGAGUAAGGCGUGAUUAUGAAGCAAGGGGUAUUUUUCUCUAGUAAGAUUGGCCUUAUAAAAGUCUUGUAAAGAGACAUGAUCAAAUUCCAUUUGAAAAUGUGCAGGUAAUGUAUUUAUGUCAACUGAAAAUGGAGUUGCAAAUAUACAAAAAAAUAGA